AUGAUUCGAAAAGCCGGUAGUGACAGUAGUCACGAACAACCAUCGCUGCCAAGCGUAAGCGCAAACAACAAACAAACAUCAGCGCUAAAACGAUUUGACCUUGAAACACGUACACAUAAUGCCGAAUCACCAUUAUCGGAUCAUGUAAGUACCGGUGAAGGAAGGUGCACAAUGCAUGGUGAAUCGUAUGCACUGCGAUUGGGGUUGGUGAUCAUAUUACGAGGGUUCCGUAUGUAUCAGGAGGACCGUGGUUUUGAGUUUACGGUCGGAAUGGAGGAUCCAGUUGGAAAAGAUUUCGAUGACAUCAUGUAUCACUACGGUUCGUCAUCAAAAUCAACAGGUACCGUCUGUGUACAGGCAAAACACAAACGGAACAAAGAGUUCAUACUUACGGAAAGUAUGCUACUUCGUCCUGCAAACAGCAGUAAUUCCGCGUUUUCGAUUCCAAAAUACUUCCGUUCAUUUUUGGAAGUUGACGAAAAACUAAAAACUGACACCCACACAUACGUUUUGUGUACUAAUGCAUUGUUGGAUAAAAGAUUAGAAAAAUGGUUAAUGGUGAAACGAAAUCAUGUAGACGGUGGAUUACAGUUUUGUGAUGACAUUGAGGCAACCUGCUACCAAAUCAAUCGCAACACAGCACAUGCGAUAUUAAAGGCAGCUAUAAAGAAAACUGUAUCCAAGCAAGAUAAUGAAUCAUUUUGUUCUGCGAUUUCCCAAGAAGAAAAUUUAGACAGUAAACUAGAGAAGUUCUAUGAAUCAUUCGUACUUGUUUGCAAUUCUCUUAACGACGAUGAAGUUUAUGAUAAGGCAAUCGAUUUGCUGCCUAAGUGGUGUAGCUCUGCAAUAAUUAUAGACAGGUUGCAUACGUUAUUGUUCGAUGCAAUGAAGAGUAUGAAAACAAUCCCAAUUGAUAUUGCAAAAUUAAAGCAAAUGUUUGUAGACAAAAUCCUUUACGACAAUACUAAUUGUGCUCGAUGGAGCAGUUCCUCAAAAGAAUACCUUGAGUCGCUACACCUUAAAUAUUCGGCAAUUGAAAUAGAUACGCAGAGAUUAGCACGUUCAACAUUGGCUGCAUUCCUUGGGGAGGUAGAUACUGACAAAGUGUAUGAGUUUAACAGUAAUCUUGAUUUAACAAUAAGCUCUCUUAUUGUAGCUCAAACCUUAUUGUUAUUUGAAUGGGAAGCAUUAUUUGUUGAUAGUACAACAUUUGAUGAAAAUCAAGAUUUAAUCGAUACUCUGCAAGAUUUGUGUUCGUACAUUAGCGAUGUUAAUCAUCCUACUAUCAAAGUGAUAACGCUCGUAGGAAAACCAAACCGAAGUUCAAUCGAUACAAUUAAGAAAUUAUCAAAAAAAUUUAACCAAAAGAUCGUUAUUGUAGAGAAGAUAUCAGAAAACCAACAAAAGGACAAUAACUGUGCGAAAUUUUUCGUGCACGAUCUCACGCACGAGGCUUUGCGUCAAGUGUAUGAAGGUAAUAAACAAAGAAUGAUAUUUGGAACUAAUACCCCACUUAGACAAAUUUUGGACGAAUCCGAUGAUUUGUGCUUUUUGCUAGCUUUGCUAGAAAGUUAUAAUCAAUCGAGUGACAAAAAAGAAAAUCUAAACGAAUACAACUAUGAACAGAUUAAACACUGGUACAUUCAUCGUCAUUACGAACCCAUUGACAGUGAAAUGCAGUUACAGAACAUGGCACAACAUAUGAACCACAAUAAAAUUGAUUUCCCAUAUUCUGAAAACGAAGGUGUACCUUUUGAAGAAAUGGCCAAAUUAAUCGAUUAUAAUAGUAGCACUUUUUCAGAGGUACAUCGUAUCUUGGAUAUGAGUGAGGAAGAUCCCAUUCCACCUGGUUUCGAAAAAGAUGAUAUUGGCAAAGUUUUUAUUUUCCUAAACGAUGCAGGUCAUGGGAAAACAUCCUACUUCACAUGGUUAGCCUGGCGUUUGGCGAAAUUGGAUCGUGCUCUAUAUGUGGUUAAAUUGAAUGCAAUAGAAUAUAUGUCCGAUUUUGAACGGUUGGAAAACAUUGGCGUACAAAACAUUGACGAUACAGGAAUCGUGAGACUAUUGUUCCGUCUUGUUCAUCUCGCACUGUUUGUUCGAAGUCGUAAGAAGGCCGAUAAGUGUGCGGAACUGUUGACAUUUUCUAAUGGCAAAAUAGUAUUGGAUGAGAUUAAAACAAAAGAGCUGCCCAUGAGACAGCUGAUCGAGUUGCGUUUGUUUCGAGCGAAGUUUAACGAACAGCAGUUUGUAUUAAUUUUUGACGGGUAUGAUGAGAUUGCACCAAAUCAUGAAGAUGUGGUUAUGCAUUGUUUCGCACGAUUUGCUCAGUUGGAGAGAAUUCGAAACAUUUUUCUUUCUAGUCGACAUUGCGAUUUUGAGAAAAAGAUUAGAAACACUUUUAGCAGUUGUAACAUUAAUCGCUUGAAGCCAUUUUCUCGUGAUAAUGUAAUACUUUCGCUGCACAAAUUUCUUCUCAAUAAUGUAACCGACUACAAAGACUGUGAAAAGGAACAAUGCACGUAUGUCUUGACUGUGCUGUAUAUUGUUAUUGUCAAAAUUCUAAGUGAGUUAACAACUGUUCCACUGCUGUUAUGUCUAGCGCAAGACAACCUCUUAUCCACGGUGAGGGAGCAUAUAAAUUUUAAGUUGUACACAAUAUCGAAACAUUGGUUGGCGAACGCAAAGCUUGACACUAUGCAACUGGUGGAACAUUUCAUUGAUCGCAAAUUGCACAUUUUACACACAGAUAAAUCUGGUACGACUGAUACGGCUAUUAAGACACCAGCUGCAAAGCAAAGUGAAGAGUGUUCAAUCAAAUUCCUGAAACAUCGCCACGUUCUGUUGGCCAUGUGCGUUAUUUUCGACAAAGCCGAUAGGGAAAAAUUGCUGUCCCCCGAGGAACAGGAGUGUGUCACAGAGUUCAUCGAGGACGUGAUAAAAGGGGACGAAAGCACAGGCAUUAUCGAAGGGAUUAGAGACGGUGUGCCUCAUUUCGUACAUAGGAUAUUUGCCGAAUAUUUUGCCGCAUGUUGGCUUAGCAAAAAUAGGAAACGCUUUCGAAACGAGAGCGUUUUUCGAUCUCAAGUUAUUUGGACGCACUCUUUAGAGAAAAUGCGCGAUUUUUUCAACCGUAUGAUACUGCGGGAAAGCGAUGGUUGUGAUUUACACUGGGCAGUAUUGAACCAAUCCUCCCAACAAUUUGGCACAAUAUUGCGUAAAAACCCUAACGCGGUUCAUGACAAGGAUAAAUGGAAUGCUUUAGAUUAUGCAUUUAUUUUGAACGAUGGUUUGGCAAUAGAAUAUUUGCUGAAAUUAGGCGUACGGUUUAAUGAAGAAAUCUUGUUCAAGCAGUUGUAUUCCAAUGAUGUAGAUAAUUUAUACUAUCAAGGAACUAAUUACGCCUACUUCCUAGAACAUCAGGGAAAACAGUCUGAUGCGGCCAAUGCAAUGCGCUCACGAUUGUCUGGUCAACCGGUGCAUGUAUUGGAUGGAUUGGUUGAUCGUUUGUAUCAGUUGGCAUUCGAGAGAAAAGCUCACGAUAUUAUAACUUAUCUUGCUGAGCAAUGCAGCUUUCCCCUGCCUUGGAUUAGCGACACGUCAGGCGUUGUCAGAUGUGCCAAACGUGCAAUAGAAAAAAAUCAACUGAAAUUGUUUAAAACAAUCUUUCAACAGUUAUGUAUCCGAUAUAAGCUUGAACAUGUUGCAGAAAGCGAAAUUAUAGAUGAAACUGAUGCGCUAAAAGAAAACAAUACGAUUGAAAUCGAGAAUUCAUUCGAAAAUGAUUGUUGUGUAUUAAGCAGCAACAAGGAACGUGGGUGA